AUGGAACAAACUUUACAGGACACUUUGGAGGGGGGCGAUGAGACUGUUCAGCAGCAACCCCCUCCACUGAAACCCGCGUCUUGUGGGGAAAAAUCUCUUCAGGAAAAACUGUAUGACAUUUAUGUGGAGGAGUGUGAAAAGGAGCCAGAAGCAGAGGGCCUUCGAAGCAAUGUCAACUUGCUAGAGAAGCUUAUGAAGAGAGAGCCAUUGCCAUGUUUAGUGGUCAGCCUGUACCCAGAAAACCAGGGCUAUUCUCUCAUGCUCAAGGAUAAAGAUGGAGUCCUUAUAGAGCCCUAUCCAGGGCCGUAUGUAGGACAGAAACUGCUUGAAUAUUUGGAUGCUGAAGAGUUACCUUCCUUUCUGAUUGAUAUUCUGGAAAAGUCUCCUGUGAAUGUUUUUCACAGUGGCUGUGUCAUAGCAGAAAUCCGAGACUACAGGCAGUGUGGUGACAUCUACCCUCCCGAGGAGCCUGCUGCAGAGGCUGCUGUGUCCUCUCCUGCUUGCCAAGUCCGGCAUAUUCUCUUACGUCCAACGAUGCAGUCUCUAGUAAGCGAUGUCGAGUCCAUGACAAGUGACAGCAGUCAGUGGACCCAGGAAGCAAAACAGGAGCUUGAGAGCCAACUGAUCUUAGCUACAGCAGAGCCACUGUGUCUGGAUCCUUCUGUUGCUGUCACCUGCACGGCCAACAAAUUGCUGUUUAAUGAGCAGAAGAUGAACACUAACCCCAUGCGGCAAUGCUUCAAGAGGCAUGCAUGCCCCUCUCUGGAUCAAGAGGAGGUACCAUCUGGGUGUUCUUGUCCCCCUGACUUAAUGACAACCACUCCUUGCAAAAAGCAGGCAAAAAUAAGUCCAGAUAACCCAUCUGACCUGCAGAUUGAUGGAACAGAAACAUGCAACCAGAGUCCCUGUGAACUGACUGUGCCUUCAGAGAUGGACUUGGAGAGCUUUGUUAAAGAGUUGCUAUCUCUGCCCUUUGAUGAGACUGAACCAACCAUCUCAGCAAUUCCUGAGGUAAAAUAUGAUUGUAUGUUUGAUUGUGAGGAUGACAGUCAGCUAUGGGAUAGGAAUGAAGAUAUCAUGGAGUGCCUUAAUACGCUUCUCAAUGAGGAAAUAGAGCCACUUCCAGAGGGCAGCAGUGCUAACGCCAUGUCUCUCCCUCCUGUUGCCCUGG